AUGUUCCAGGAGCGGCUUCGGGCCGGGGUCCUGAAGACAGCCUCGCGGGGCGGCCAUCCCCACGCUCAAGUCCACAAGUCCGCCCGCUUCCUGCGCCCGCCGCGGCCCUUCCCGGGGGCGCCGCCGCCGCCGCCGUCGCCGUCGCCUGGUGUGCGAGGCAGUCCGGCCCGGCCCCGGGUGCCGGUGGGUGGUCGCCCGAGCGAAGUUUCCAGCACGAUUUCGGCGAAAUUACGACGGCUCACCAGCGCCUGUGUUUUGCUGUCUCUCCCCCCUUUUUCCUGUUCCCUGUCUGUUCCCUCCCCUUUCUCCCACUCCCCACUCCUCCGAAGGCCAAAAAGACAAGCGAAACCUGCGGCAGACGAAGGCUUUUGGGAUUGUAGCGUCUGCACCUUCAGGAACAGCGCCGAAGCCUUUAAAUGCAGCAUCUGCGAUGUGAGGAAAGGCACCUCCACCAGAAAACCUCGGAUCAAUUCUCAGCUGGUGGCACAACAGGUAGCACAGCAGUAUGCCACUCCACCUCCCCCUAAGAAGGAGAAGAAGGAGAAGGUGGAAAAGCAAGACAAAGAGAAACCUGAGAAAGAUAAGGAAAUCAGUCCUAGUGUUACCAAGAAAAAUACCAACAAAAAAACAAAACCAAAGUCCGAUAUUCUGAAAGACCCUCCUAGCGAAGCAAACAGUAUACAGUCUGCAAAUGCUACAACAAAGACCAGCGACACGAAUCACACCUCAAGGCCCCGGCUGAAAAACGUGGACAGGAGCACUGCACAGCAGUUGGCAGUAACUGUGGGCAACGUCACCGUCAUUAUCACAGACUUUAAAGAAAAGACUCGCUCCUCCUCGACGUCAUCAUCCACAGUGACCUCCAGUGCAGGGUCAGAACAGCAGAACCAGAGCAGCUCGGGGUCAGAGAGCACAGACAAGGGCUCCUCCCGUUCGUCCACGCCAAAAGGCGACAUGUCAGCAGUAAAUGAUGAAUCUUUCUGAAAUUGCACAUGGAAUUGUGAAAACUAUGAAUCAGGGUAUGAAAUUCAAAUCCUCCACCUGCCCAUGCUGCUGGCACCCCUGGAGAGUCUUCUGUGGACACCGACCUCUUUAGUGAUGCUGCCAGAAUGAUUUCUGCUCACCAUGGGCAUCUGGCCACCAAGGAAUUUCGCACCCUGACGAUUACUCUUGACACUUUUAUGUAUUCCAUUGUUUUAUAUGAUUUUCCUAACAAUCAUUUAUAAUUGGAUGUGCUCCUGAAUCUACUUUUUAUAAAAAAAAAAAUCUGCUGUGCACAAUUUUCCAUGUACAUUACAACUGGUUUUUUGUUUUUGUUUUGUUGGGGGGGGUUUGGGAGGGGGAGGGAACUUUUAUUUAUUGUGUUCACAAACUCCAUUCUUUCAGCAUAUCCUUUUAAGUUUAGUUCUUUCUUCCAGUUAUACUAUGUACUAUCAGUUUUGAUAUAACUAUAUAUAUAUAAAUAUAAAAUUAUAUAUAAAGGGUUAUUUGAAACCAAUCCAUGGCAACGCUGGUGCUUGAUACACUGUGAAGUGAAUACAACAUUGAACAGUUAACAGAUCUGGGACAGUCCCUUCUAUGAAAGUGCUGAAAUUAAAUUCAAAUCAGUCUUACAUGAAGUAUGUUCCAACCCACGUGGGAACUUGACUCUCUCUGUCUAAAGAGUACUGGACAAUAUAAAAAAUAUAUAUUUUUUAAACAAUGUGAUCUCAAAUUUAAAGACUGCUCCAGAUAGCCUGCAUUUGCAAUGGAAUAACUGACAAAUCACAAGUGGUUUAGUUGGGGAGGACUUUGGUCAUUAUUCAGAAGUAACUAAACUAGCUCCAGAAUGCCAAGUAUUCAUGUAAAUUACGGUUACAUGUAACAUUGCUGUUCUUAUAUCAGCACUCAUGAAAGUAUGGUGUUCUGUCACUCGAAUUCCAUCCAUUUUUCCAGACCUCUCUACUCAUGUCUGAGGUAAACCUAGAUAUAUCUCUUAGUUUUAGGAUUGAACCAUUCUAAACUGUAUCUAUGGUCCAUACUGGGAGCAUCCCUUAUUUCCACUUUCCACUUGACAUCGCAGUGGUGGUUCUUGUCAUUGAAAUGUGUUUGCCCCGUGUCCCUUGGUUUCACCAACCCUCACCCUACGAAUUCAGUUGUGAGAAUCCUUUUUCUUUCUUAAAGCCUUCUAUGACUUGUUUUGCUGAACAGAGGUUGUCAACCACACAUCUAACCCUAACAUGGAGCUUUUAAAUGUUUGGAGGCAUUUCAAUUCCCUGCUGUGAGAAGGAACUCAAGUGGCACCGGCAGCCUGAGCGCCAGCAGCCCAAGGAGCAGGGCAAGCUCCUGCUGCUGCGAGCGGCGUUGAUCUGUUUUCUUCCUCAACAUAAAGAUAGCUUGAGUAAACAGUCUCUCAAAGUUUCUCUUCAUUCUUUUUUUUGCCGUCUUGCAAAAAUCAAAAGACUUCUAAUAUGCUACCCUUUCUCACUUGGAAAAAAAAUGUGUUUGGAUUUGUGCUGUCUCCUCUUUGACUUUUACACUCACGUCCACACGGUUUCGGCACAUCAGGGUCAUCUCUGAGAUGCGAAUUUGAUGUUACCUUCCUUUGUUUGAUUGUACUUUAGAGACUCAUGAGACUCUUGGGAGGGCAACCAAUUGGUAGGAAAGCACCACAUCUUGGUGUUAAGAACCUGGUUUGUUUAAUAAUAGAAGAAAUUUCUGUCUGUGGAGGCAACAAGUAAAAAAAAAUUAACAGCUUGAAUUGAGUAGCCAACUGGAAAGGUUCCUUUCACAUUUACAUUAAAACUAUUCUGUAGUCACUGAUGUACCAUGAUUUAAAUCCUCUUCUCAAAGGUAUAGAUGAUAAAGCAGUGCCAUUUGUUGCUGUGGUCCUAUUCUCAAAUGCAUGGACAAUGUUCCCCUCUUUUUAAAAUAACGCUUGUAUCUGGGAUGCAAGCUGUGCUUAUCUUUUUAAAUACAUUUUUAAAGUAUUUAUUAAUGAACCAAAGGAAACCAGAUGCUUUCUGUAAGCAUCAGAAUAUAUUAAUACAUAGUGAUUUGACUAUGAAUUUUAAAUCCACAUUUUAAUAUUCGUGGGAUAUUGCAAAGACAUUCCUUCUAAAAUUUUAAUAUUCCUUUUUUAAGGGUCUCAGGGAGGGUAAAUUAGUCAGCCAUAUUUAUUUUCCAGAGGUGUAAGGGAUUGCUAAGUUUUUAAAUUAACUUUAAAAGAAUAAUUGUAAUGUCACCAAACUCAUGUGGGUUGCACUGCUUGUUGAACCAGUUAUUGUUGGUAUGCACUUUGUUCAGAACACUGUGUACUUUUUCCAAAUUAGUUUCAUGUAAAGUGAUUGGACCCCCUAGAUUAGUGGAAAAAGCUGAUUAACCAGCUACUCAUAGGCUGCUAAUUAAUUCAUUGCCAUUGUCUUGGUUUUUCAGUUUUGCCUCCAUGAUAAAUUAAAGAAAAGGGAGGGGUGAGGGAAGGGAGGACUGCUUUCGAACAAGUGGGAUGAUAAUGCCAUUUUGGUAGAAACUGCAGCUACCAGUGGGAGUUAUCUAAGCAAUCAGAUUUUAAGGGGUCAGCCCCUUAAGUGCUUGGCUAGUGAGGUGGUAGGUACUUUAGUCUUUUAAUUUCUGAAAUUGAUGACAUCCCUCAGGCAUGUAUUCUGGAAAUGGAAUUCCUGUAACUUCCUGCAUUUGCAGUUUGCCCUACAAUUAGUAGGCAGUGUGGAAAAACACUAGUGUAGAUUGUAAAGGAAUAUGUUAAAAGAGGACCAGAAAUACUUGGUAUUCGGUGGUGCAGAAAGCAGGUUUAAAAAAACCCAAAAGCACAGUGUUAACGCUUGCAAGUUUUCAUUUGUUUUAAUACCACACAAUCUUUCACAUUCGUGCGUCCGCGUGCGCACACAGAGCUUACCUGACUUGCUCUGCUUGAGUCAUGCAGUUUAAAAAAAAAAAAAAAGACAUCUUGACACCCACAAAAUAUUUUAAUUCAAACCUUUCAGUUUCAAUCUGGAUAUUUAAAAAUAUUGGCAGAAAGCUUCUGUGAGUUUAGUUCCACUAAGAUGUUUCACCUGCCUUAUCAAGACCAUUCUCAGUCUACUUUUUUAAGCUACCGUAUCUUAAAUUAUUGAAAAUUUAUUAAUUGCUGAAUAUAUAAUAACCUUGCUUGUAUGUAACCGAAAAUGGUUUAAGAGCCAACAUUUAGAGUAUGACAAUGGAGCUGAACAGUUUUUAAUGCGCAAGCAGUUCUGUUCUUGUGUAUGACUUGUAACCUUAAUUUACUGUGUAAAGAUGGUUACAUUAUUUCCUUAGCUUUGUUUGUUGGAGACAAAUAGAGAAUGCUUGUUAAGUAUGUCAAAACAUAAUCUUAUCUUGUGAAUUUUUGUUAAUGUAUUAUACGAGCUAUAUUUUUCAUUUGCCCAGAAAGACAGCUUGUAUAACGCUUUUGGAAGUUUCUGCUCUGUAACGUCUUUAGAGCUGACAGUCUGUUAGGUUUGUUUUUUCCUUCAUGCUAAAGUGUCAAUUGGUGGUUUUGUGAACUGGUCAGAAAUUCACAGGUCUUAAAUGUUUUGGGGAAAUUUAUAUUGGACACUGCUCUUUGUCUAGCAAAUAAAAGAUGUUAAUAUAUUCCUGUUACUGGCAUGUGCACGACUAUGUUAUUAGAAGCCACUUUAUCAUUUUCCUGCUUUAAAUAGAAAUGUCUAUUUAUGAAUUCUGCUUGUAGUUUUUUCACAAAUAAAAUAGUAAAAUUUA